AUGCUUUCUGUGGUGGAUGAGCUGGGAGAAGUAGACUUUUCAUGUCAUCGGUUUUCAGCUCUUCGCCUGCACUUUGCCCGUAAUCAUGCCGUGGAACAGCGGAAUGAACCCGUGCAUUCGACGAUCGUUGUGCACGAUUCAUCCGAGCAUGUGGACAGCGUGAGCAAUGAGCAAUCCAUCCUCUUCUCACCUCUACUCCGAUUCAGCGGGAUUCGAGCACUGAGCCAACUUUUCACGUGCUAUCGUAUAGUGCAAUCAACGCUAUAUUUUGCUCAAGUAUUGCUGGCUUACACUCUAAUGCUUAUCGCAAUGACAUUCAAUGUUUGGCUCAUUCUCGGUAUUGUUUUUGGCGAAGCAAUUGGUUACUUCUUAUUCUUCAGCGAACCAAGUUUUGACGUUAAUAUUGAUUCAUGUUGUUAG